GCUGAGUGCGGAAACCGGCCGCCAUCUCCGGAAACUACAAGUCAGCUGCUGGGAGGCUGAAGGUGUUUAUCCCUGAAUUAGCUCGAUGGAAAGCGUCGUCAGUGUUUAGGCUUAGUCUUUUUUUUUGAAAACGUUUGAGCGGCUGUUGAACACUUGAAAAAUCUCGACCGUGAAGAUGAAGUCUGCGUUUCUUGUCCAGGGUUUGUCUCUGGCUUGUUUCGUGCUGCUGAGCCAAGUGACAGCGAAGAAUUCUGAAGACAUCCGCUGUAAAUGCAUCUGUCCACCGUACAAAGAUAUCGAGGGGCAAAUCUACAAACAAAAUGUUUCUCUCAAAGACUGUAACUGUCUCCAUGUGGUCGAGCCCAUGCCAGUGGAUGGACAAGAUGUGGAGGCAUACUGUUUACGCUGCGAGUGUAAAUAUGAAGAGAGGAGCUCAGGGACCAUUAAGGUUACCAUCAUAAUGUACCUCUCCAUUCUGGGCCUGCUGCUGCUCUACAUGGUCUACCUGACUCUCCUGGAGCCCAUGUUGAAGAGGCGUCUGUUUGGACACUCGCAGCUUAUCCAAAGUGACGACGAUGGCGGGGACCAGCAGCCUUUUGCCAAUGCUCACAAUGUUCUGUCCCGGUCACACUCUCGUCCCAACAUGCUGAACAAAGUGGAGCAUGCCCAGCAACGCUGGAGAAGGCAGGUCCAGGAACAGAGGAAGUCUGUGUUCGACCGCCAUGUUGUUCUCAGUUAAACUGCCCGGCGAGCAAAAGUUACUGGUGGAGCAAAAACAAAACAAACGACAAAAAAAAAAACACUGUGAUGGAGCCCUUGGUUUAUAUCGCUUCCCUUCUCUCAUUUGUGAUUUGCAUCUCAUCAAGUGUGGUGCUUUCGAGGUGGACAUGGUGAAGAAAUCUGGAUCUGUAGAGCUGGAGUCCCCGGCAGAUGUUUAAUCAAAGCUGGGAGCUCUUAUUUAGUCUGCAGGCAGCACAAGAGAUUACAGUGAAUUGAUUUUUGCACAAUCUUGAAUGAACAGUCUUAAAUAGCGUUUCCAAAACCAUGAAUUUCCUCUCUGCCUGCUCUGGUUUGUAGAAGUGCCAAGUCACCAGAGGAUUUGCAAUGGAAAAUCUCGAUGGUAGAGACUAAUAAAUGUGAGAUAAAAAUAAAUCUUUCAAAUUAAUAUUUUAUAACAUCCUUUAACAUCCUCUUUCUGGCCACAGUGUCAGGAGGAGUCCCAUCAGUCCAAAGCUGACCAGUCUUUUAAUUUUACAAACUGGCGUUCAGAGAAAAACAUCCACAUGUUGGUUUGCAGCCUCAUCAUGGCUGUAUAACUGGACCAGUAAUGACCUGUUAACAUGUAGCUGGUGGGCUUUUUCCACCCUAAAACUAACUUGGAACUACUGCUCUCACCACAGGAGAAAGGAAAUAGUGUAAAAUAUAAAUCUCUCAGCCUUCUUUGAAAAUGCAUGUUUUAUAAUAACUCUUUUAUAAAUGUGUUUUCAUACCAUCAUGUUUAAUGUCUCAUAACUGGUGUGAAAUCCAUCAUUUAAUGCAUAAAUUCAUUAUUUGAAGGUAGUUUUACUGAAUCUUGUUACUGAAAAUGAUGCAAUUUCGUCAUAGUCAACAUAGCUGUGCUAUUGACCCCCCCUCCCCUCUGUUGAAGACGCUAUUGCAAUCAGCGUCCUCUUCAACUGCCUGAACAAACCUCUUGUCUUUUCAUUUUUGGCACCGCUGUGUGCUUGACCUAACAUCUGUUCCAUUAUGAAGGUCCUUGUUGUCUGACAGGCAGCGUUAGUGUGUCAGAGUGGUUCAAAGAAGUUUAUUUUGUGUAUACUGGGGCUGUGUACAUAGGCAGAGUGGACACAGAGCCACUGUUGGGAGACCUGUGAAAGUGUUCUUAACUAUUGUAUAUGUGAUACCCUUAACUUUGAAUAAAUUUAUGUAAUAUUUGUGAUCCUU